ACAACACGACAAAGUAGGACAAUCAUGUCUGCAACACCGCUCUUAUCAAGACCACUGAUGAGCACUUAUCAGGCUGGACUCAAGAUCUUUGGGUUCAGACCAGAGGGCAGCAUCAACUUGGGUCUCAAGUAUCUGCGCAAGCCACUGAAGGGACAGUAUCUGGACAACUACUACCCAGAGAUGGACCUGUCACUCGAGAUGAUUGGCAACAAUAAUGACAAGGGCUGGUUCAAGGCCGACCGUACAGAGAGACGUGAGGACAGAGGCAAGGUCAAGGUUAAGAAGGGAAGUGGAAAGAUGGCUUUGAAGAGAGCAAAAGACUCGUCAAAG